GUGGUGUUUCUAGCCUGUCCAGGUCUGCAAGUGUCCCAGAUGUGCUGGGAAGGAGUCCAAAGACAGCAUUUUCUUCCAUUACCAUCACAUCCCGGAAGGUUCUGCGCUCAUUCUCCACCUCUCGGGAAACUUUGUGCCCAUCCUCUCAAAGACAGCCUUUGAGGGUAUUCUCUGCACAUAACGAACAUUUUGGAACAGGAAUCUUACCCACGAGCAGAAUGAGAGUCCCAGAAUCCCAGCCGGACUUGAGCAGACAGAACUCUACUAUUGUAACCUCAAAUAACUUCAGACAGGCCUACUCACCAGCUGAUAGGUUGGCAGUGAGAGAUUGGGGAAAGAGGAAAGCACAACUUGUUCAACACAGACAGAGCCACACAGAGAGCAACAGAAAGGAGGAUGUGAUGGGCUGCUCUUUAAUAGAUCUGUCCUCGAAACCUUCCUACAGGUCCUGUGUCCAUCUGGAGGUGCCUCUGAGGUCUACUAGCUCUGUUCUGUUUUUGGACAAGUCACUUUGCAUCUCCCUUGUGGGACUGGAGGAAAGAAGAGCAAGUCAACCCACUUUGUUCAGGUCAACCUUUUCUAUUCGCCUCGGUGGCUCAUCCUGCCGAAGAUAUGCUACGAAAAGCAAAGUAGCCAAAACAAAUUUGGGUUACGGGAGACCCAGAUCGGCCAAAUUGGACGGCUACAAAUGCAAUAACCAAGAGAGUAAUUUGGGCCACUGCAGAGGCUCUCUACCAAAGCUCAGGGGCGACAAGGUUGUGAAAAUAGCACCUGCUUGUGGUGUGAAGGUGGAGGUGGAUGGUUCAGAUACACAAUGCUUGAGCGCUACUUCAGGAAUAUUGUCAUUCAGAGGGACAGACCGCUCAAACACAAAGACUGCAAGGCAGAAGGGGAAUGCUGAUGAGGCAGCUUUCCCUGUCCGGACCGAUUCCAGGCACAAGAAGCAUACUUUCAAUACCCGCUCAGUGGACUCCAGGACCUGGAGCAAGCAAACAAGAAGUGACGAGACAAAGGAGCGACAAGAUCAAGACAGUUCCGCAGAGCCUCCAAAAGUUUUCAUUUCAGAAAAGACCUUUUCCAGUUGCAAGGCUGAUUCUCUGGAAGAAACGCCCCAAACUCUCAGCCUCAAAGAGGCUUUGGAGCUCUUCAGGCCAGACUUCAUCAGCCGAUCUCAAGGUCGGUUGAAGAGGUUGGAGAAGAGGGCUAUGAGGAGGAGAGAGCUGCAGGAGUCCAAUCCAGACCUGGUGCUGGACCUGAGGGAGGAGGGAUGCAGACAAAGGAGGAAGUGCACAACACCUGAUCCACUUAGCGAUAACCUUUUCAAGCCUAGAGAGAGGUCUAUAUCCGGCAGAGAGAUGCAGCUGAGGUCCAGACGGAUUUACAACAAGCUGCCAGAGGUGACAAAGAAAAAGGAAGAGGAGAAAAAGAGGGCUGUAUCACAAAGCAACAGAGUACGAGCAGAAGUCUUCAAAAAGAAACUUCUGGACCAGAUCCUGCAGAGAUAAACAAGAGACACUGACCAUUUUCCAUAACUCUAUGCAAAUAAUUCUUGUGCCUUUGCAUGUCGUUUCAUUCAAUUAAAGCUCACUUCCUUCUAUAAUGGUCUGCUGAAAAUGUUCUUGAACUGCUUCAAAUGCAAAGAAGUGCAACAAAUAAAGAAAACAUUUAUUUUGCUGACAUUGUCAAGUGUUUCUAGUCAUCAGGUUGACCGCUUUAGGGUGGUUUUCGCUAUU